AUGCAGAGGACAUUGGUAGUAUUCGAAGCGAUUUUGACAAUAUUUCUCGUUGUUAAUAAUGCUUCCGGCGAAUACUAUUGGAAAAUCAGUGAUGAUGGGAAAGUGAUCGAGGCAGUCCCUGAGUCUCCAUACGUGCUCGCUUAUCCAGGUUCACUGGUGGAUUUCCUUCGGCAAGUAGAAAGUGUCAAGAAUUGUAGAAGAAGUACCUACUUUCAUUACCUAGGAAGAAUUUUUUUGGCACGGGAUGAUCCAGAACUCGAGCAACGGCUUCGCAGAGAAAGGGAGCAUUGCACAAUGGGUGGUUUGGUCAGUCUUGAUCGAGAAAAUUUCAAGACCUCAUAUUCAGCCGAGAUUUGUCCGGAUUUCCAUAAACAUUAUGAAAAAUAUAUCGAUUCUAUCAAAGAAUAUGUGAAUAAGGAACCGGAAGACGAGAAGCUGCUGCCACACUGCCGACAAUGGCAUCAGGAGGGACAACUGCGUGGACUAUCGAAAGUAUUUCGAAGUUUAUUUUUCGCUUCUCUACCGUUAUUUGUUUUUCGGCGUCUUCUCAAGGGCCCGUAUAGCACGGUGGUUAGAGGUGAGCUAAUUAAAUUUGAAUUAAAAAUGAGAAUUCGACACAUUGGAGCACAUCCUUAUCUCCAUCUCGCUGCUGCUGCUUACUGGAGGCAAAUCGGUGAUUUGGGUGAAGCGCUUGGUUGUUAUAAAACAGCAAUGUUUUACGUAUUUAAAGUGAUUGGAAAACAAAAUUCCCUGUUUUUGCUAUUGAUUUGCUAUUUGCUAUUUGCUAUUUUGCUAUUGCGUUCCACUUAUUAUGGGAGUUUAGAUAGAAUAUGUCGAACGACAAAUGUGAAGAGAUUUCCACGCUCUAAUAAUCCCGGAAGUGUGAUACUUACCUACCAUUGCGAAUUAACAGAUCCGGUAGCCUACGAAGAGACAAUGAUGCCACUGAGAAGAGCAACGGCGAAAAAUAGACCUUUGGUAGGUUUGCUAAAUUUACAUUUGUUGACGGUAUAUCCUCCUGACGGUAUACGAACGGUUUUUUGUUAUUUUAAAAAUAGUCAAAACAUGGAACCUAGGCCAGAUCGAAUUGUAUCCUCUACUGUGCGGGAUCGAUUUUGGCGUCGUACUGAUUGGCCAAGCAGCGUCGAUUGCCAAACGAUCAUAUCGCGGACGGAUAUAUUCAAACAGCGCUGGUUUCCUCAGGUGUUCAUCAGUCCUGAGAACAAAGGAUUCUUAAUAACUGAAUAUUUGACUCGAGGAAUCGGUUUAGAGUCACAUGAAGAUCAUCCUUUACCGUGGAAGGAACCAUACUGUAAGGAGGUGAAUGUCGGUGUCUCUUUUAAUGCCAUAGAAAACAGGUUUGAAUAUGCUGAGUCGCGGUUGAAAUCAGUGCUGGUACGGCUCGCCGGACGAAUUAUGGAAGACAUUGAGGUCGCCCAAAGAAUUCGAUCUAUGAUGGAUAGUAAUAGCGGUCCAAGAUGGUUGGCGUUGAAUUUGGCUGCUUUAUACUGGCGAAUUUUUCGGAACGCUGCAAUAUAUUUGGCCGCGGUCGACCCAGAUGAGGUAACGUUUUCAAAUUUACUGUGGUUCAGAAUCUUUUUGAAAUUCUUUUCCCCGGCAACCUACUGGCUACGUGCUCGGCUGGCGUUGUUAUCUAAUGAUGUUGAUGAAGCGUUAAAGUACUUGAAGCUGUCGUUAGAUAAAGAUCCGUUCAGCGACAUAGUUGCUGAGGAUCUGUUAAAGGUUGCUUGUAGUGGGAAGUCGUCAAAAUCAACAAUUUCAUCACAGUUUCCUACUGUAUGCUGUUCUCCUGUGGUUCAGAAUGCCGUCUGCUUCAAGAAUAGGCAUGUGAGGGAGGAACGGUGCUACAUAGUUGAUUCGGAGAGCGGUUCGGGUCAAUUGAUCUACAAUCGGUGUAAUGGGCAGUAUACUGGAAGGAGUUAUCCUACUGCGCCAUAUGUGAAUAUCGUCUCACCAUUUUUACCUAUCUUCAAUACCGUUUCGAGACGCGAUAACCCACCAUUUAUCGAAGACGAAAGCAGCGUACAAACUGUGGAUACUGAGGAGUUGCCAUUAGACUACGGAGGAUCUGCCUUCUUCGCACCACGACCAGUAGAAUGGUGGGCACGCGCCAAAAAUGAAAUGCGUUACUUACUCUCGAGUAAUGAAGGUGACAUUGAUUGGUGGGAAGAAGACGGUGAGAGCGAACUGGCUUCGGUCCCACAGAAACCACUCUCAUUUCUUUGGAUAAAGGACCGCCGUGAGAUGUUACGCUUCGAUGCAAAGCUUCCAGAACUUCUUCCAGCACCAUCGAUGUUACAGAUCAGCAAAGGACUAUCACGAUUCCUGCCACCUAGGCAGUCACAACAAAUGUGCAGCGGAGUUAAAAAGCUUUCGGUAUUACUUGAAAACCAAGUAUCAACUUGGGUUUCUGUAACGGCAAAAGGUGAAGAUAUUGCAAAAUACGUGGACCUACGUGAACCUGUUCCUGGAGUAGGUGGUCUGCAGCCAGUUUGCCCAUUAAUUGAUCAGCAAGAGGUUUCUCCAAUUCUCGGUCUUGACCAUUUACCGGUAUUUGCAUUAAGUGACCAGUUCUUGUUCUACAAACCGGAGAAAGCCCUAACAGAUGCCUUGAAAUCAUUGGGAAAUGAGCGAGAUUCUAUCGAACAUGUUGCUGCACGAUUGCACACAGCAAUGUUAGGAAACGAUGGUCAGGCAGGAAAUUGGUUGUUGUGUGUGUUGUCAUCAUUGUACUGGCGUGUUGUUGGUGAUGCCCAUCGUGCAGUUGAGUGUCUUCGAUGUGGCCUCCAAACAGCCCCACAGCAUAUGAGGGACGUUGCUCUGGUGUCACUUGCGAACAUUUGUCAUCAAGCUGGUCUUCUUCACUCGGCAUUGAUUGUGGCUGGAACGGCGCUUUCGGCUAGUCCGAAUCUUGUCGCUAUUCACUUCACCAUCGCCAAUAUCUAUGCAUCAAUGGGAGACUAUCAACGGGCACUUGAAUUUUAUUACUCGACACUCUCACUACAGAUGAAUUUCGAGCCGGCGAAGGACAGAAUCCGUGCCAUUUAUUGCCAUUCUGGCCAAACAUUUGAUUUAGGAGAAGUUUAA